CUAACAAAAAAAAAAGAUUUCGAGCGAUUUCAAAGCCUCCCGAAAUCAUUUAUCCAGUCCGUUUUCAAUCCACCUGACUCAAGCCUCGACUUCUUCUUCUUCAUCAUCUCAAAAGCUCCCAAACGCCACCGCCAUCGCCUUGUUCUCUGUUUUCGCCGCCGCCCCGCCCAUCUUGAAGUCUUCUUCUUCUACGGCUUCGAUGAAUAUAUUUGAUCUAGGUUUUAUUUCGGUUGGGUUCGGAUUUCCUGCUAACAAUCCACAUAUCUUCAAUUGACCCCGAUUUAAAUCGACGGCGAUGUCGGAAAAUCCGCUGCAGCAUAUCUUGCAAGGGUUUGGCAAGCUCUCGACAUCCAUCCAGCUCCAUUUCUCUCGCUUCAUCCGGCCUCAUUCACCCUCACUCAGCGCAGACUAUACUGCCCUUGCAUCUCCGUCCGUACGCUCUACCGUCGAUCCUCGCCGUGCUCAGCCGCUGGAAGUUCUUACAGAGGGAAAGUCCUCUGGUCCAACUACAAGAGAAGAACUUGGAAGAGCUACAUGGACAUUUCUUCACACUCUUGCUGCUCAGUAUCCAGAUAAGCCCACCAGACGGCAGAAGAAUGAUGUGAAACAGCUGAUGGAAAUAUUAUCUCGCAUGUAUCCUUGUAAAGAAUGUGCCGAUCACUUUAAAGAAGUUUUAAGCACGAACCCGGUGCAGGCUGGAUCGCAGCACGAGUUCUCGCAAUGGAUGUGCCAUGUGCAUAAUGUUGUCAAUAGAAGUCUAGGCAAAGUUAAUUUUCCCUGUGAAAGAGUCGAUGCCCGGUGGGGCAAGUUGGAUUGCAAAAAUCGGGCAUGUGAUCUACAGGGAACUUCCAUGGAUUUCGAAGAUGUGUUUAAGUGACGCUGUGCAGUGUUGUAUCAGAAAUGUCUUCAUUCUUAGGGCAGCUUCAAGUUUGUACUGCAACAAUAUUUGGUAGUUCAUAACUUCACUAAAAGCGUUUCUCUGUGCGCUUAAAAACGUGUUUUGGUUUUUUUGGUUCAAGAGAACCAUAAGCGCUUUUCCCAUUUACAUGUAGGCUGUAGCCUUCACGGAAAUGACUAAUGGGAAGCACGUUUAAAUAGUGAUAAUUGAUUAAAUGGGAAAUUAAAAUAAAGAUGAAAACUUUUCUGAAUUUUUAAUAAUAUUUGUCCCUAUUUUC